AAACGAACAUAAAGCGUCAAUUAUCAAGUGGACUGAGCUCAGUUAAAUUCAAUGGUCGCAAAAUUAAUGUUAGCAAGCAGACUGAACAUCGUUUGCUACAUCAACGAUUCAUUUUAUGGGUGUCUUCAGUUCCUGUUCCUGAAGCUGCAGCUCAGCGGUGGUGGGGACGAUGCGGAGCAGUGUGGAGAUCACAGCCGCUAAACCCGCCUGGACUACUGGCAUCUACUACUGAACACCUUACAGCUCUAUGUACCCAAAAGACCUUUUCGUAGGAUAAAAGAAUGUGCACCAUCGUGGUCCUGUUUAUCCUGGGUGUAGUUCCGUCUAUUUGUAAAGGCCAGCAUGACAACACCUGUGAUGUUUUCCCCAAAGAUCGGUACAUUGAAAUGGGAUCCAGUAUCAAGAUAGUGUGCCAGACUUCAUGUGUAAACAGCAACGUCUUCUGGACACUGAACAGCAGACCUGUUGAUGAAAGCCUGUCAAACACUAUCAACUCCACACAGACAGUCCUGUCACUGAGCAACUUUAUUCACCACAGUGCAGUACUGCAAUGCCACAGUGCAGAUACCCAACAAAUCCUUGGAGGCACCACCAUCAGAACUUACUCAAAACCAAGAAGAAUAUCAUGUAUCUUGGAUUAUGUAAAUCAAGAUGUGGAUGGUAUGCCACAGGUCCUCACAUGCAGCUGGGAGCAUCAGGCUGAUCCUUCACUGACAAUAAACUACACUGUAUGGUGUGCCUCUUCUUUACACUCUUCCCCGAGUGAAUUAUGCAACUCUCAUGAAACUAUAUGCAUAUCCAAGCAUAUCCAUAUAUUAAGCAAUUUCAGUGUUAUGGUGAGAGCUAAAACUUCAGAGUGGGAGGCUUACUCGGACUCCUAUGAAUUUCAGCCAUAUCACAUAUUGAAAAUUAUCCGUCCAAAAUUAGCAGUAACUGCCUUCUAUGAUCAUCUGUUGGUUGUGUGGAAUCGAUCACUUGGCUCAAAGAAAUGUCACUGCCAAGUCAAAUACAACAAGGAUUUACCACCUGAUGAAGGAAGUCAAGAGUGGGUGCUUAAUAAGACUUUAAACCCGAUGGAGAAAGGGAAAAUCUCCAUUGAAAAAGUGGACUCCUGCAUUAACUACAAAAUUUCAGUCCGCUGUGCUUUAGACCAGGCCCCUUGGAGCUCCUGGAGCAAGGAGAAGAAAGUUCUUACCAAAUUAAACAAGAGUCACGUCAGCAUGUGCCUGUGGAGAAAAGUGACUGAACUGGACCAAAGCAGAGUUAGAAGAGUUCAUGUCAUGUGGACGGAUAUUCCUUCAACAUGUCAAGGUACUUUUAAGUACAUAAUCAAACAGAUGCCCUAUAAAGAAGACAUGAAUUCAGUGAACGACACUUUAUGUGGAAACUCAACUUGUGAUGUUGAUGUGGACCAAGAUGCUCAAAGACUAAUUCUCAGAGUCUUCCAUGAUGAAAUCCUGCUUGCAGAGGACUCAGUUUAUGUUCCAGCAAUUGGAGAGAGCCUCCCUCAAGUUACUGACAUCCAGACUUCAACCUAUGAAGGCGUUAUUCUGGUCAGCUGGAAGGCUCCGAUUCAGCCUGUCAGUGGCUACAUGGUUGACUGGACCCACAGUGGGAAUCAAAUCUAUUGGAAGGAGACCAAUUAUACAAAUACAACCCUAUCUGAUCUCCUGGAUAAGAAGCCUUACAAUAUCACAGUCACUCCCCUCUUGGGUGACAAGACCGGUCACGGCAUGCAAGCCUUUCACAUCUGCUCCAGAGUAGGAGAUCCGGGGAAAGUUGACAUCAUUAGUGUUAACGUUUACGACAAAAGUGCUUAUGUGAGCUGGGAUAUAAAUUCAGCGGAGGAAUGCAGUGGUGUCGUUAUCAACUACACAGUCUUCUAUGGAACACUGCUCAAUGUUACUGUAGAUAGCAAAAAACAGGACGUGUUUUUGAAAGAUCUGAAUCCAGAAACCCAAUACAGAGUCUAUGUGGAGGCCAGAGCUCUUACUGGAAUUACCAGAAGCACAGAGAGGUUUUUUACAACCAAAAAAUUUGAUCCAAGGCUCAUAACAGCACUAAGUGUUUGUGGAAGCAUCUUCAUAUUUCUUGUGUUGUCUCUUGGAUUAUGCUGUACUGUUCAGUGGAAGAAAUUUAAGGAGAAACCAGUUCCCAAUCCAGGCCUCAGUUCUGUGGCUUUGUGGCUGUCGCCAAGUCAUCAAAAGGGGAGGUGCCCUUUCCAUGAUCCAUCUGCAAGCCCCUGUGACCCAAUUUACACUGAGGAAACUCAGAGAGCGUCUACACCUCCUCCAGAUGCAGACUGUAGUGGUAACCCAACUACUGACCAGACAGAGGAAUAUACUGACUCAGUGAUAAUUCUCGCUCCACAUAUAAAGGGUGAAAUUCCAGUUGAACCGUUAUCAUCUCCUGAAGAAUCCACAGCAUUAUUUUCCACAGAGAGCAGCCCAUUCAACCCAUAUCGAAGUCAGAGUUCUGUAGAAGUGUCUAGUCCAAGGUCCAGUAAACAAUCUAAGCCUAUUCAAGCGAAACAGCAAGGAAAGGCAACACUGAAAACUGUAUAUGUCACCUUGGAUAUGUUUGAACAAGGCCAGAGCAGGUGAGGACAAGGGAAACAUGACUGUCUAGACAUUCCUUUAGUCACAAUAAGUCAUUCAGCUCUGAAUGGUUUAAUAUUCCCAUAAACUUCCAUGACAGCAUGUGUCAUUAUUGUUGCCUGGCGCUAUAAAAAGAGAGCAAAAUAAAAUACGUAGGCACCUGUGUCACCAGUGUCAGGUUUACAAUCAUUCAUGCAGUAGAAUCUGAAUGAAUGAAAAAUGUGCAUGUGGAGUCUGUAUUAUAUUAUUCAUAGUCACCCUCUGUUUUCAUUUUGAUAUUUUGUUGUAAAAAUAAUAUUAGCUAUGUAUUAUAAUAAGAUUUCAUGUUGUUUUCUGUUUGUUUCCAUUGUAAUAUACUAAGUUUUUUGCUAUAAACUUCCUGUGCAGGUAUCACUCAUUGUAACUUUUAUUUGAUCACAUGUAUCAUGCGCUCCACAAAAGUAUUUAUUGUUUGUUGCUUUAAACUGGAGCAGAUGUGAUUGUAUUAUAGAAUUUCUGUUAACAGACAUAGUCUAAUGCAGGAUCAAAAAUAAUUACAUUUGCUGAACAGUUCAAAUUUUGUUGAUUACCGAAGGACAUUGUUACAGUCAAAAAAUAUCCAAUAUCUUACGAGCACCAUGAAAACUGUCAACAGUGUUGGAACCAAAAAAAAAAUGUAACAUGAAGCAACAAGAAUGAACAUGACCAGAGGCUCUGAGGCUCAAAGUUACACUGCAAGAACUAUUAAAUAAACUGUGGUUUUCAAGCUUC